GGAUUUUGACAACGCAACCAGUUCCGGAUCAGCUUAGCCGAUUAACGUAAUGAAAGUUGUAAGCUUACAACUGCCGUCUGGGCCCAGUAUGGAGCGGCUACCGCUACCAUUCAGUCCAACAGAACUAUUAUGGCGUUACCCACUACCCUGGGCGCCACCGCCUCCUUCACCGCUUGGUGACACCAAGGCGCAACUGCCAGCCGGUCUUCCGCCAGAACCAAGACUAUGGACCAGAGAGGAUGUUUCUGUAUUUCUGAAAUGGUGUGAAAGAGAAUUCGAUCUACCUAAUUUUGAUAUGGACCUCUUUCAAAUGAACGGUAAAGCAUUAUGCUUGCUUACUAAAACAGAUUUGGGUGAAAGGUGUCCUGGAGCAGGCGAUGUCUUACAUAAUGUUCUUCAAAUGCUUGUACGCGACGCAGCGCUGUUAGGUAGAGUUCCUUCCUCACCUGUUACUCCCACCGCUCGUGCGGCACCGUAUCCGCCCUCUCCCCACUCUCAUCCACCGACACCAACUUGGACUGUUGAUGGUUUCCACCAUUUCCACAGCGCUGCAGCAGCAGCAGCAGCUCAACCUAAUUCAGUGACUCUCAGUCCUGCUCCAUCAGUUGAUAGUUCUGGAAGUCCUCAAAGAGGAGACACUGUAACUUAUGCGCCAGCGUAUGCACCGUCCGUGCCCCCCACUACUCAAGCUGCCAGUUCCGGAAGUAAUCAUUCAGAUUCCGAUGAAGAGGGUCAAUACGCUCCACCUCCACGUUCUCCUAAAGAAGCUCCAAUAACGAGUCCAGCCCCGCAAAAUCAUCCAACACAACAACAUCCUCAUUACCGCGCUCAACAUAGGGAAUUUUUUCCAAAUGAUAUGCCAGAGUCCAAUACAAAUGGAAGACUAUUGUGGGACUUCUUACAACAACUUCUGAAUGACCCAACGCAAAGAUACACAAACUAUAUUGCAUGGAAGAACAGAGACACUGGCGUGUUUAAAAUUGUUGAUCCUGCUGGACUAGCCAAAUUGUGGGGAAUUCAAAAAAAUCACCUAUCCAUGAACUACGACAAAAUGUCCCGCGCCCUGAGAUAUUAUUACCGUGUUAAUAUUUUGCGCAAAGUCCAGGGCGAAAGACACUGUUACCAGUUCUUAAGAAACCCAACAGAAUUGAAAAAUAUCAAAAACAUAUCUCUACUGCGACAACAAAUGAGUCCCACUCGCGUUGUACCACAAACUUUGGUAAAAACCGAAAUGAAAGAAGAAAGAUGUGACGAAGAAACAGUCGAUGAAGAAAUGCCUACAGAUUUGAGUAUGUCUGCAUCAGAGCCUUGGCGGAAACGCGCACGCUCUGACACAGCGACCGCACCGCCGUCGUCAACGCAACAUGACAAACAUCGGAUCAGUACGCUUAUCGGAGAUAACAUGAUAAUGAAACGCGAAGUCGACUACAGUGCUGAGCAUUAUGCCUUAAAUUUAAAAAGUGAAAAAUGUGAACAGUAA